UCUAUAUGUACUUCCAACCUUGGCACCUUUGGUUGUUGUUCGUUGCAUUGAACCAAGUUGUAGGUAUACUACAUACUCCGUAGUGUACUGUACCGUACCUUGGUGGAUGUACACUACGUACCUACAGUACCUACAUGUAUCUAGGUACCUCCCGCUACCCACACCCAAAAUCCCCAAAAAGCGACAGUUACGGUGGGCCCGCCCGAUCCUUCGCCCUUCACCUUCCCCAUCUUUUUACCCUACCUUUUCCAGUCCCGUCUCGUUCCGUCUCUUCCCAUUUAUCCCACAGCCCUGCCUCUUUCUUCUGCCCUUCCUUGUCGUUGUAGUCGUCGCUGGUGUCGUUGUCGCUGUUGUUGCCGCUGCUCCCCGCCGUUGUCUACAUCCUGCGAGCCAUUCAUUCAUUCCAAAGACGCUGCUAGAAUUUACAUACGUUUAUCAACAUCAUCGCUCUCUUCGCUCGCUUGUGCUCGAAAAGACUCCGAAUCACACGCGGCCCUUGUUGCAUCGCCUGCAGUUCCCCCGGUCGAAAUUCCCCACGUUUUCCAAUGACCAGCAGCGUUCCUCCGCAUUUCCCUCACUGACGGGCCGAUUAAGAAUUCACGCUACCCAGGAAUCACGACUUCGCAUUGACCCGUACGCACGCCGUCACUUAUUUGCUCGCUUUGCCUAUCGAUACGCGAUUGGAUUGGGAAGGUUGGCUGCCGACGGUGUUUUUACUCGGGACAUACGCACCUCGACUAUAUAUGGUGUGUGCUUGCACUAUCGCCUGAAUCAGCAUUCAUAGAAACAGUCCCUCAACAUGUCGACCGCCGUGAAGAGGGCCUGCGACGCCUGCCAUCGUCGCAAAGUCAAG